AUGAAGGUUACAAAAGGUGCCGGACUGCAACCUGCGAUGGAUUGGUUAAUCGCUCAUCCUGGUGAACUUGAAGACGAACCAAUUGGUCAAACAUUAGGUGAACGUCCAGCUGGAGAAUCUAUUGAGGGUGAAAUUCAGGAUGGAGAACAGACAGCACAAUCUUUACAAUGUAAUGAUUGUCAGAAACUACUUCGUGAUGCAAGCGCUGCGCAAGUUCAUGCAACUAGAACUGGUCAUGUAAAUUUUUCUGAAUCGACCACUGCUAUUAAGCCAUUGACAGAAGAGGAAAAGCAAGCAAAAUUGUUAGAAUUGAAACAACGCUUGGCUGAAAAACGAGAAUUACGUACUAUUCAAGACAAAGAAGAGGAGAAAACUCGUGAAAGAAUGCGAAGACAGUCUGGUAAAGAAUUGACAGAAGCCAAAACUCAAAUGGAAGAAAAGGAAAUGCAAAAGUUAUUGAUGGCGAAAAAGAAAGAAAAGGAGGAUGACAAAAUUGCUAAGGCUAAAAUAAAGGCACAAAUCGAAGCUGAUAAAAAAGAAAGAGCGGCAAAGCGUGAAGCGGCAAAACAAGCGGUUCAAGCUCAAAAACAGGAAGAGGCCGCCGCCGAAGCAGCAGCUUUAGCUGCAUCAAAGAAAGAAUAUACCGAAACACGGUUACAGAUUCGAUCACCAACAGGAGCACCUAUCACUCAAACAUUUCAAGCAACCGAUACUUUACAAAUUGUAUACGAUCUUGUUAGUCAACAUGUUACUGGACCAUUCCAAUUGAUGAUGACAUUCCCAAGAAAAGUGUUUGGAGAAAAUGAAAUGCAAAAAACCUUAAAGGAUUUGGAUCUUGUUCCAUCGGCAGUUCUGGCAGUAAAAUCAUUAUAA